CAUCAGAACGUGUACACGUAUAACCACUCGACAGACGUUGAACUUGAAGUUAAAGCUGGGCUCGAGACUUGGACCUCACGGAUCGGAUGGAUAGAAAAGAAACAUUUUCAGAGAGAUAGGCCUAGUUGUCCAAUUGCAUGUAGAAACAUGAUAUCCGACUUAAUAUUGUUCGGAACAUUGCUGGUCAAUGCCGGUGCUGUUUUAAACUUCAAUUUCAAGAAAAAACAGAACGAGACCCAAGGAUUCGGGGAAGGUGAUGCCUCUGAACCGACAACAGGGGACCAAAUCCGGCAGUUCCUGCAAAAUUUGAAAUUCUUCCGCAUUUUUAUUGGCCUGUGGAACAUCUGUGUCAUGCUCAUGAUGUUACUAUUAUUUGGUUCGUAGCGGCAUUUUUGUGUAUUCGCGCUGUCUUGACUGUUCAUGCGUAAAUCGACUGCACGCAACAAUGGACGAAGGAAUAGAAACAAGAAGGGUAAGGGUCCACAAGUGUAGAGCUCUGGCCCACUUGGACAGUUUGGAAUGUGGUAGCAGAAAGAUCUGACGACACAGCAUUGACCAUCUUGUUAUUGGCUUUCUACCUGUAGAUUAUUUUGUAGUGGGUAAGAAGGUAAAGUGGGGUACGUGUACAGUGAAAAUAUCAAUGGUGACCCCUUAAUAUCGGAGCACUGUCAUUUCCAGCGUGCUCCAUUUGACCGUGUAAUAUAUGUGUUUUUUAGUGACUACGGUAAGCAGGGCGCUGAGUAAAUACGGUUGAAUUGUAAAUAAAGCGCGUCUGUAUGAGGGUGGCUUUGGGUUCAUGACUUGUGACCAGGGGCUCUUGGGUUCAAAUCCAGCUGAUGACCGCUAGUUGUGGAGUUAAGGUGAGCCACUCGACACCUGCUUGCCUCUCUCUCACCACUUUGUAUACAUGGGCAGUGGUAAUACGUGGAGUAGCCUGCAAUAGACUGGCACCCACUCCAGGGGGGGAUAUUCUCUGUCAUUUCAUCCCAAGACAAGAAACUGGAGAUAAGCACUGGUCUGGUGGGCCAUAGUGGCUUCAGACAGACUUUCUUGUGUAUGUAUUGAUUGAUGAUUCAUUUGCUCACAUUAACCACUUGCUGCCGGGUUUAAUUUGAAUUUGUGGGACGAGUUCCCAAUUUUCAAGAUU